UCAUCCCCUCCCCAAACCCUCUCCCGCCCCAAGCUCAGCAGGACACGGCCGCCGCCGGCCGCGACUACUACGCCGCGAACAUGACCGACUUCCUCAGCGGCAACAUCGUCGCCAUCCCCAUCCCCACCGGCCGGGGCCCGGGCGGCCAAGAAGCUCCCCGGCGUCCGGGAGCUCUUCGACAAGCCACCCACCUGCUACGAGAUCCACUAGGGCAUCAAAGCCGGGCCUGCGGCAAGAGGUCGUCAGGUCACAGAGAGGCACCGCGUGCAGAGUGUGCGGCUGGAAGCCGUGAAGAAUGUGGGCACACCCACCAGUUCGGCUGCCCGCCUUUUAUUGGUGAUGCUCUUCUCUCCGCCUCUUUGGAUACUUCAAUUCUUCCUGGUACUCUUAUUGGUUCAAAGCUUUGCCAUCUGACAGCGGUUGAUUUCUACUUGUCUAGCCAUGCUGACAUUCGGGAACAAGCCGGCCUGAGCAUUAUCAUGUUCUGUGGGACACUAACAAACUUACUACUAAUGAGUUGCAAACUCUCACAAACAACUUUUGUUAUAUUUUCAGGUAUGGUAGUUAUACCCGCUCAGCCGUUCCGUAUUGAUUGCUCCUCGGGCGGUAAAAUUCGACGCUGACCAUGUGGCAGCCUUCUGGGCUGGAUUGUGCAUGGAGCGGUACUCCACAGGGCGGCGGAGUGUUUGUGUGACCUCCGGGGCGUUUUUGGAAUGUUGCUGCCAGGCCUCUCCCUGACCUCAAGGAAACUUCAAGCACAUCGUGUUUUACUGUUAACAAGAUCAGUGGCGGUUCCAGUGUACUCCGAGUUGUAUGGAUGGUAAUGUUUUACACCAUGGCACGAAACUAAAGAUAUUUACCGAUUCAGAUGUGAAGUAUCUGCUGUACUGUGUCAACUCAAGCUUUUGUACUUGUGCUCCGUGGAGUGUUUGUGUGAUCAUGUACGUUUGUAUGA